AUAAAGCCAUAAAGGAUACAUUUCAGCGCAUCGAUAUUUCAGGAUUAUGAUUUAUGGUUUUUCGGCACGGAUUGAAAAUGGAAAUUGAUUAACCAGCGUCCCGCGAUUUUUUGUACCUGCAAAUCUUCAACUUAUACCUAACAUUUUUUUUGUCACAAUAUUGCAGGAUAUUAUCAUGUUAAUUCUUUCAGUUUUGUCAUAAUUACGUUAUAAUAAUACAUUUGUCUACAAUUUUACUUUUAAAAUAAUACAUUCGAGUAAUUUUUGUAAAUUAAUCUUUUGUCUACAAUGGCAAGCGCAUGCCGAAUAUUUUGUCGAAACAUAAACAAUACACCAUUAUCAAAAAUAAUUACUACAAAAUUACGCGUGUCUACAAUGGAAUUUAUUCGACCUUAUAGUCAUGGUGAACUACAAGACAAGUCAGCUACUCUUAAACAAGGUGCUUUUGCUGAAUUUUAUGAAAAAACAAAAGAGAACAAACAAAUUGUCGAAGAAGACCAAGACUUUGAAACGCUAUUGAGGAAUUCAAAUUUUAUAAAUCUUGGUGAUCCCGAGGGUAAACAAGUGAUCGGAACUAUAUUUCAUAUUGUUGAUAAUGAUUUGUAUAUUGAUUUUGGAUGGAAAUUCCAUUGUGUUUGUACAAGACCAAUUAAAAAUGCCGAUUCAUAUGUACGAGGAUCACAAGUAAAAUUAAGAAUCAAAUCCUUAGAAUUAGCUACCAGGUUUUUGGGCUCUGAAAAAGAUUUAACUCUACUUGAAGCAGAUGCAGCUCUUUUGAGUCUUCAUAAACCAAUAAAAUAUUAGAGAAACUGUAUUCUAUGUUUUUAUUUGUUAUUGGUUUAGUAAUAUGUUUGGUAUGUUACUUUUAAAUACUUGUAAAAUAAAAGUUUAAUUUAAAUUAA